AUGAGCUCACCUUGCUUUAACUCUGAAUAUGGUGAGGCCACGCAGCAGCUACUGUGUAGAAGAAACGGUCACGCUCUUGCUGAAGUAACGGAAGUCCACGAGCGUCAACCAGCAGGAUACCACGGCCUCACAGAAAACCAGCGUGAAGUGGAAGUCUACCGACCCUCGUGUCGGACACGAGGCUCGGAUGCCGCGGCGCUGCGUCGUCGGCCUCCGCAAAAAGACGACCCCGCUCGGACGGCGGACAAGUGCGAAAAAUUCCGCGUAUCGCACGCCGCGAAACAGCGCCCCGACGGACGGAGGCCGCAGAAUGGCCCUCUGCCGGGACCGCGAUUAAUUAAAACGGAGGAAUCCCGGCGGUUUUCUUGCGCGCCGGGAAUUGUUUACGGCGGAGCGAUCGAGAGGCCU